AUGGAAUAUGCCGCUCUCUCCCGUAGCGCUGUCGCUCGUGUCCCCUACUCUAACGGGUCCACGGACAACAUCUCUCCUCACCCACCAGAGCGUCGACAUAAUCCGCAGGAACUUCUCAAUAUCAGGUCCUGGGACUGCGUUGCAAUGGACCCAACGUCCAACCCCCAAGUCCUCUUCAGAGAGCAAGCUGAGCCUGGGCUCUAUCUUGUUUCUCCCAGAAAUCCCAAUGAACUCUGCACGCACGACAUCUUCAUCGUUCAUGGUCUUAAUGGCGGACCAACAAGGACAUGGCAGCACCCCGACACCAACUGCAUCUGGUUUCGUGACCUUCUGCCUCAGCGGCUGAGAAGCCAGGAGACCCCGUGCAACGCCCGAAUAUGGACAUACGGGUAUAACGCGAGCUUCUCUUUCAGCACGGAGACUAUAUAUGGUCAUGCUCUGACUCUGCUGAACCGUGUCAAGGGUAUCAGGAAGGGCUAUGAGCCUGCAGGGACGCAAAAUAAUAUGGAUAUGCCAUUCUCUCGGGGGCAUAGUGGUGAAAUCGGUGAGUCACUCACAGACGGCGCAGCUGGUUCUGGAAACAAGCCGUUCUCACCAGCACAGGCCCUGGUCGAAGCCUCGAUCCAGUCUCGCUACAACACGAUACAUUCGGCGACCGAAGGCAUCAUCUUCUUGGGAACUCCCCACCGCGGAUCCGGAGCCGCCACCUUGGGGCAGGUUGCGGCUUUAGUUGCUGGAGCCGCUGUGCCCGGAUGGCGCGUCUUCAAUCGCGGCCUGUUAAAGGGCCUGGAGAAGGACAAUGACGCCCUCUUCCAGACUUGUAAUCGAUUCGCAAAUAUAUGCACAGACAUGCGCAUUCACUCGUUUUACGAAACCAUGCCGCUGGGGCCCCGGGUGAUCGUUGAACAGAAUUCCGCUAUCCUUAGCAUGUCGAACGAAGAAGUAGUGUAUGGAUUGUGGGCAAAUCACAGGGAUCUUUGCAAGUACAGAGAUGCCGACGACCAAAAUUGGCUUCCUGUCCUUACCAGUAUUCUCGAUCUUGUCGCCGUGAAAACUCCUGGACAGGGAGCGACAGGCUACCACGCGGGCGGCCAGUCGUAUCUGCCAGACACGUCAUAUGUUCAUUCAUAUGUGGCUGAGCUCCCGGUUCACGGCCCGGCUCGGCCACCUCAGCGUGACGAUGGCAAUGCGUUUCGUCCCAGGCCACAUUACACGCCGCAGGCGUCAACGCUUCCAUAUCCUGACGAUGAGUACGAUGAAAAUGCCCGCCGUAGGGUUUACGGCUUUCGGCAGAUAGACGGAACGACGUCUUAUGGCGGAAACAUCCAACCGAACCCGCAGUAUCCGCCUUACCAACCACGACCGUCGAAAACGGCACGAGUAGAAGCACUAGCGCCUCUCCCACCGGUAGCAUCUUCUGCAACAUAUACGCAGCAGAAAACUAGUCCUCAAAGCGAGCCACGACGGGACGUGGCUCAGCGUACCGCCUCUUCGUCUGCUUCAUCUGGGCCUCCUGGGCGGCGGCCCUAUCCUGUAGCCAGCUCUGCUCAUUCAAGAGAAGACUUUUCCAUGAAUCGUGCCUUCUUGCCAGAGAGGAGCAAAACAAGCAGCGAACCGCCAAUCUCAGGCGUAAAGGCCGUCCCGAGUCCAGACACUAGCACACCCUCUGGAAGUGAAGGCCAAGCCGCGGACGCCGGGCAGUCCGACACCUCCAACGACGACGUCACGAAAGAAGUCGUGGUUCAAUGCGAUGCCUGUGGGAAUUCCGUACGGUGCUCUCAGCCUCACGUGGAAUGCAGCGAAUGCUUCGACUACGACCUGUGCAUAAACUGCUGGCAGCUCGACCGCAUCUCCAAGCAGCACAAGAACAACCACCGAGUCACUCACAUUCUCAACUCGCACAUUAUUUCUCCAGAGGACCUGAACCCGCCCAAUGAUGCCGUCAAUCCCGAGCACACCCCCGACGGGUCAAGAAGAAACUGGAGCGUCCACACGGUACCAAAGAAUUCCAACGACGGAUCGCAGGGCACGAGCGACUGGCGAGUGACUCACCUCCACGGACACGACUCGCACGCCAGAUUCCUAGCCAGCGCUGCGCCGGGGCAUUUUGCCAUACUCGUCUUCCUUUGUCUGUACAUCUCUCCCUCCGUCAGCAAGGACGACCUACAGACGCUCCAAAGGGAGGGACUCGGGUGGCUCCGGAUUUCCUUCGGCACGCUGCGCAACAAGAAGGAGUUUUUCCACGCUCGACACCGAGAAGAUACAUUCGACUCGCGAAGUCUCGAGCACGACUCUCUGCCCCAGAAGCUCCUCAAGGAGUACUGGUACGACGUCGUGCGCAUCCCCACUGCCGUGCAGACCCUGCGAAUUGCCUCUGAUGCGAUUGUCAGUAUCCCAGGACACCAAGCCACGGACGUGGACUGCGGAUUGAUCCUGCAGUGGUCACAUGUUCGGUGUUUUGAAAAGAGCAACGACGCACUGGUCCGGAUUGCAGUACAACACAUCAGCGAGCCUCUCGUGCGUGCUCUGGACCCCGACCGGCCGAUGAGAGCCUCCGAGCACUCGCCGACCGCCCGAGCUGCCCCGUCCGCCACUGCGAGCACUCGUGGCGAGGAGAGUGAAGAGCUUUCGGUGGAGGACUGCAUUGCGGCCCUAGUGAAGAUAAGACAAGAGGUCCACGACGCCCAGCAGCGCGAUACCCGGAUACAAGCGCUCCAGCUUCGGGUAGAGCAGGAAGAGGAGGAGAAGCGCCAAGCUAUUCUGCAAGCCCUGUAUUUACGGGGCCUUCUGGAGCUUGGGGCAGGGCUGGCAUGGUCCUGA